CUGACGGUGCUGAGUCAUUACCAGAGAUGACGGAGCAAUCCACAGAAGCGAGCAAGGAUAUUAUAAUAGGAAAAAAAAAUCUAGCACAAAAAGCAUUGAUUGGAUGUGCAUAAAAGAGCAUAUAUUUUUUUUGGAUUAUUCUCUCAGAUUCUUGACAGAGAGAGAGAGAGGGGGAGAGAGGGGAGGAGAGACGAAUCAAUGGAAGUUUCUUGCUGGCUUCUAUCCAACAUCAAGUAGUAGUUAUUUAAGCAGACAAAAAGGGGGAGAGAAUUUAGGGAUGAAGGGUCAGAAAUUCAACAGGGGGAUUUGAAUUAUUCUCUACCUUUUCCUAUCAUUUUCUUUGCCCCGGCCCAUGAUCUCCUUGUUCUCUCUAGUUUCUUCCUUUCUUCUCUCUCUCUCUCUCUCUAAACUUUGACUGAUGGAAGAAUCAAAGGAGAAGAAUGAGGCGAGCGCAAGCAAAAGGAAGUACUUCAAGAGAAUAUGUGUCUUUUGUGGGAGCAGGCCAGGGAACAAGCCUUCAUUCAGUCAUGCAACUCUUGAGCUUGGAAAGCUACUGGUUGAGAGGAAAGUAGACCUUGUCUACGGAGGUGGGAGUGUAGGCCUGAUGGGGUUGAUAUCUCAAACUGUUCUUGAUGGUGGAUGUCAUGUUCUUGGGGUCAUUCCCAAAGCUCUAAUGAGGCAUGAGAUUUCAGGAAAUAGCAUAGGAGAAGUGAAAAUAGUUGCUGACAUGCAUGAGAGGAAGUCAGAAAUGGCAAAAAAUGCUGAUGCUUUCAUUGCACUUCCAGGUGGGUAUGGAACAAUGGAGGAGCUGUUGGAGAUGAUAACAUGGUCUCAGCUUGGUAUACAUGAGAAACCUGUGGGGUUAUUGAAUGUGGAUGGAUACUACAACAAUCUACUCGCAUUAUUUGACAAAGCUUUGGAGGACGGCUUCAUUGAGGACUCAGCAAGGCACAUUGUGGUCUCAGCAGAGACUGCAGAGGAAUUGCUCAUGAAAUUGGAGGUAAAUGAAGGAGAUAAAGAUGAACGGAAAGGAAGCAAUAAAAGGAAAAGAGAAAGCUAGCUAUUUUGAAUAGGAGUAUGCACCAAAUCAUGACAGGAUUGCACUAGACAAAAAAAAGCUGGGAAGUGGAUCGAAUAUUAGAUGAGUCCACAUCAUGCGGCCACCAUAGUCUCUCCGAUCAAUUCUUGAAUAAAAACCUACUCCAUUUUGUGUGUUUAUUUGCGAUUUGCGUGUAUUGUAAAUAUAUUUUUCUAAAUU